UGGCCGCGAGGGAAUACUAGGAAAGGUCGUGGACGGCACAAGAAGCCUCGGUAAAUUUCAAUACAUCUGUUUUCUGCGGCUCCUCUAAACCACUUCCAAUUCUAUGCUUCAUCAUGGGCCACCACGUGUCAGGUGCCUUCUACGUCUUCUUCGGCCUCGAACGCACACCCAAGCGAUACCGACUAUAUGUGCCUACCUUCAACUUUUUCACUGGAGCGGGACAGCUCGUUCACAACGUGCUGGAGUGUCUCUGCAAAACAAAAGCCACGCUACCCGUGGAUAAGAUAUACGCUAUCCGAGCAAUUUUCCCUGGGAGCCUCGGCAUGCUACAGGUCGACUAUUCGCGACCUACGAAAGACGUCUUCACAGACGCCGCCCGUCUCAUUCUUAAGGCUAAUAAGAAUGUGGAGCUACUCAGGUACGCUUGCACCGGCCACCGAACAGACGAUUUUCCUUCGUGGGUGCCGCCGUGGGAUACCCCAAGCGUCGUGCCCGAACGUCUAAGAAAAUUCGCGCCAGCGGCGGUUUCUCCGCAUCCUAUCAUAGACGAGGACAGCGAAACAGAGGUGCUUAAAUUGAAAGCUCUUCGCGUCAAUACAGUUACGGGAAAUAUCAGCGCAUUAUUCCCACUAAGGCCGCCUCUACAGAGAGCGUGGGCUCCCUCCAGGUCCGAUACCGCAAAUGCGGACGAAGCAUUCGCCAUAUUCAAGACCUGGGCUAUGGCAUCCCCAGGCGGUGACAACGCAGACGCCUAUGCUAAACUGAGACAAUUCGCAAGCCUUAUGGCCGAGAUGUGCGAUCUGAAGGCCGAACGAAUUUACGCCUGGUUUCCGAUGGUCUGGCAGCUCGGCGACUACGGCACGGGAGAGCGGUACGGGUACGUUAUGGCACCGCCGGAGGUCCACGACGCGCGUAACUUCGCGGCGAAGCUCCUGCAGCUUACCAGCGGCCGGGCGCUCUUCGCGACCGAGGGCGGGAGGGUUGGCAUGGCGACGACGGUGGUCUGUGAGGGAGACGAGGUGGCACUUUUGUCGGGGGAGAGGUUGCCGUAUGUCAUCUACAGGUGCGCUGACCGGCCGGGGAAGCAUACCGUGGUGUGUCCUUGUUGGGUAAGCGGUGCGGUUAAGGGGGAGGCAUGGCCGUCGAGGAGCGGGGAUGGGGUUGAGGGGGAUUUGGAGUUUAUUGAAUUAGUGUAAUCAUGAGUACAUGUACC